CAAUGUUUCCACAGACACAGCCUGACUUAUCUGAUUCAAGUAGGAACUGUGCACCCAUUUCCUUUUCUACUGUAUUAGAGACCAUAGUAGAAUUUCUUUUAGAGUCUAUGAUUCAGAUAAGCUCAGAAGCUUUGGCCGAGGUGUCAGCAUGAACAGUCUGAUGAACGGUGACCUGAGGUUGGCCCAUCAUGAUGGGCAGUGUCGAAGGAAAGCCAAGAACUCCAGAGUAAGGCAUCUGCAUAAGAGCAACUUAAUUUUGGGUGACACAUCACCCUGCUACACCACCACCCACAACCAGAGUUAUUCUGGAAGGUCGGCUGAUGGACGUCUUCUGAUCUUCCAUCUGAGAGAGCCCAGCUUCCCAUCACAGCAUCGGACCCAGCUGGAUCUUAGUAACACCUCCACACCGCUGCAGUGUGCGCUGCAGUCACACACUAAAGACGUGCACAGGCCCAAACACAUCACGCCGAGAACCGACCCAAAGGUGGAAAACUGGGCUCGGUAUCGCAGUGGCCAGGCCGUCAGAGAAAUAACCAACCCUCAGGAUCCAUUUGAUUCCUGGACCACCUACAAAGCAGGGUACACACCCCCAGUAACUGACGGUUCGCCACAACUGGCUGGCGGCAGACCAACACAGUGGCACCAACAUAACAUAGUGACAGGUGAACAGAAGCAGACGAACGGUCCAGGUGAGCCUAGGAGACGGUCCAGAGACAAGCUGCUGUGGGCAGCGAGGCGCUGGGAGACAGACUGCUGUGCUCUCAGACUCUCCUGACACACAUUACAACAAUUAUACUUCGACAUUAAAUAUAUGAUCCUGGCAUUUCCGUGACUCCUGUCUGGUUUGAUGAUACUUUACUUAAAGGAUGAACAUAGUAAUGGAGAUAAAAGUGGCUCAUCAGUCUUUGAUUGUCUGACUUCCAUAAAAGAGCUGAUUUCUCCUGUGUAAUACAACUCAAUGGCU